CUCGGACAGCGCAUAUUCGCUCGUAUUGCCUAUCAGAGAACAAGACAGAAAACGACAGGGCUGUUCAAGGAUUGCACUGACUUGCUUGCGGUGUCCCGCGGAACAUCAAUGUUCCACACCUGGACGGGUGCUUGACAGGAUAAAGAGAAGUUACCAUGACGACAGAGACCCGUCCGGAGUCAGAGGUGGGCCUGCACGACUCGGCUUCGGAUGGCAAAAUGGCCAAACAGGACCAGGACAGCAAACUUCUCGAUGACCACCGGGACGAUGCCUCCGAGAGGACAACUCCCGGCAAGAUGGCCAAGUCCCCGCAGAAAACCAGCAAGCGGUCCAAGACGGCUCCCUUCAAGGUGACUCUGUUGGACAGCUCCGAGUAUGAAGGCGCCAUUGAAAAGAACUGCCGUGGACAGGCUCUAGUGAACAUGAUGUGUGAGCACCUGAACCUCCUGGAGAAGGACUACUUCGGACUCAUCUUCAGUGACGCAGAUAGUCAAAAGAACUGGUUGGACCCUUCCAAAGAAAUCAAGAAACAGAUGCGCACCUCGCCCUGGCAGUUCUCCUUUGCGGUUAAAUUCUACCCGCCAGACCCUGCCCAGCUCAUCGAGGACAUCACCAGGUAUUACCUGUGUCUGCAGCUGAGAGAUGACAUCCUCUCUGGUCGGCUGCCGUGCUCCUUCGUCACGCACGCGCUGCUGGGCUCCUACGCGGUGCAGGCAGAGCUGGGCGACUUCGACCACGACGAGCACAGCUCCGACUACGUCACCGAGUUCCGCUUCGCCCCCAACCAGACGCGGGAGCUGGAGGAGAGGGUGAUGGAGCUGCAUCGAAACUACAGAGGGAUGACUCCUGCAGAGGCUGAGCUCAACUUCCUGGAGAACGCCAAGAAGCUGUCCAUGUAUGGAGUGGACCUCCACCACGCCAAGGAUUCCGAGGGCAUUGAUAUCAUGCUGGGCGUGUGUGCCAACGGACUGCUGAUAUACCGCGACCGGCUACGCAUCAAUCGAUUCGCCUGGCCCAAGAUCCUCAAGAUCUCCUACAAGCGGAGCAACUUUUACAUUAAGAUUCGGCCCGGCGAGUAUGAGCAGUUUGAAAGCACCAUCGGCUUCAAGCUUCCCAAUCACAGGGCUGCCAAGAGGCUGUGGAAAGUUUGCAUUGAGCAUCACACCUUCUUCAGGUUAGUGUCUCCAGAGCCGCCACCCAAAGGCUUCUUGGUGAUGGGCUCAAAGUUCCGGUACAGCGGGCGAACCCAGGCCCAGACGAGGCAGGCCAGCGCCCUGAUUGACCGGCCCGCACCUCACUUUGAGCGUUCCACCAGCAAGAGGUACCUGCUGUCCCGCAGCCUGGAUGGAGAGUUCUCGCGGCCCGUAUCCGGCCUGAGUCACCACCAGGACGGCCUAUCGCAGCGCAGUACCAGCGAGCUGCCGCGCUCGCCCUCCGUGGACGAGCAGGACCACCGGGCCGACCUGAGCACCGACCAGGAGCUGGACACCGAGUACGAGCAGGACCAGGACCAAGACACCGACCAACUGGACCAGGACCCUGACAGCGUCACCACGCCGACCAGGAAGAAGGAGAUUAAGGAGGAUGCUGGAGAUGCGCUUGAUGCCCAGCAGGAGUUUAUGGAUAAGUCGGAGGACGUCCUCCUGAAGCACCAGGCCAGCAUCAAUGAGCUGAAGCGAGCUUUGAAGGAGCCCAACAGCAAGCUGGUGAACCGGGAGAAGCGGCUGUCAGGGUCCUCCCCCGGAGGCACGCCCGAGAAGAAGGCUGAGCCUCUGUCUACUGCUGUGAUUAAUGAAGAACAACUAGCUGAGGCUAAGAGGGAACCCUGGGACAGACGGCCGAUCUCGGCCUCCGACCUCGACGAGCAGGAGCGCGAACGUGAUCGCGAUCGCGAGCCGGCCUUCAUGAAGGACACGCACCUGGGCAUCGAGCGCAAGUGCUCCAGCAUGACGGUCAGCUCCACGUCCAGCCUGGAGGCAGAGGUGGACUUCACGGUCAUCACUGACCUCCACCUGGGCGCGGAGGAGUUCUCGCGGGGCAUGAGCGAGCUGGCCGAGAGGGGUGGAGGAGGGGAGAGGCAGGCGGAGGUGAGCCGGGAUGACUUUGAGGAGGCAUCUCGUUUCUACUCCGCCACCCGGCUGACGAGCCAAGACAAGCACCCCGUAGAACAGCGCCUCCUAGAGGAGAAAGGCCACCACGAGGUAGACGCUCCCCCAGUGGCCAGGAAAGACCCUAACGCUGUGAGCAUCGCCCACUCGCUGCGGAGGGCAGAGGUCAAGGUGGAGCCCCACUCCAACGGUGCAGAGGUGCCCCCCACCAUCAUGGACAUCACAGAACAGCAAACACAAGGUGAAGUCAACUGCAUGGAGACCAAGCUCUCCAGCACUGGCGACACUCAACCACAAGAGGGUGACAUGAGCCAGGAAGAGAGAGGCGAGAAGGAGGCUCCUCCGGCUGGCAGGGAAAAUGGCUCUCCAGUAAAAGCAGGCUCUCUGGGGAGAGACUCAGCGGUGUCCCCGCUCACUGUCACCACGGAAAACGUUACCUCAGCAACAACCACCCAAGUAACCAAGACAGUGAAAGGGGGCUACUCAGAGACCAGGAUCGAGAAAAGGAUAAUCAUCACGGGAGAUGACGAUGUUGACCAACAUCAGGCCCUCGCCAUGGCGAUCCAGGAAGCCAAGCAACAGCAUCCUGAUAUGCUGGUGACAAAGGCGGUGGUUGUCAGGGAAACAGAAUCUUCAGAGGAGAAACACAGGACUCCAGAGUCCUGAUGACCAGACUCGGCUCCAGAGAUCAGGGAGAGGAUACCAGCCCUUCAGGGUACCCC